CCUCUCUUUCGCCUCCUCCCAUCGGUCAGUCCAGCAGCUCUUCCUCCUCCAGCAGCAGCUCCUCCAUCUGCUCUCUCCGUCUGCGCGGACCGUCUGCGCUGCGGAGCCCCGUGUCUGACAGGUGAACUCACCUGAGAAAGACGGAAGUUUCCUGCAGGAUCUUCUCUGGAUACUUUGUCAGUUUUUCUGUUGAUCAGGAUGAAAAGAGCCGAGAGCAGCUCAGGUAGGAACAGGUGUUCAGCGCGUUGUGGAACCGGGCSGUACCGAGCCAGGGAGGGUUUCCUGACUCGGCCCGGGAACGUUCACGAGUUCAGACGGGUUCAAAUUGAACCGGUUCAUGUUCAUAGUUCACCAACAACGAUGGAUGUUCUGUUGGGUCGUUGGCUCUGUGGGGUUGUUGGUUCUGUUGGGUCGUUGGUUCUGUUGGGUCAAUUCUGGUUUGACCCAACAUUGUUGAUCACAGUGUUUUGUUCUCUGAAGGUUCUGAUUGACCCGAUCUGGACCAAGACGACCCACUACGCAGAAAUGUUCUGGAGGAAGGAAGCCGGGACUCUUAUGAUGUUUCUGCUGGUUCUGUUGGACCCGUCUGCCGGGCGUGAGCCUCAGCGGCCCGGGUCGAGGUGGCGCCACGCCAGGGGCCAGGAGAGACGGCGCCCGUGGCAGAACAUCACGCUGGCAGUGAUCCUCCCUCAGAACACCCGGUACCCCUGGGCCUGGCCUCGAGUUGGACCCGCCGUGGAGCGGGCCGUCAGAACCAUCAACUCUGACCCGACCCUGCUGCCUGACCACCGCCUCAGCUACGUGUUCAACAGCAGCGAGGACAGGAACGGGAUCUGCUCCGAGUCGGUGGCUUCGCUGGCGGCGGUGGACCUGAAGCUGACCCACGACCCGUGGGCGUUCAUCGGCCCCGGCUGCUCCUACGCCGCCGCGCCGGUCGGCCUGUUCACCGCCCACUGGGACGUGCCCAUGAUCACGGCGGGGGCCACGGCCGCGGCGUUCUACAACGGCGUCUACCCCUCCAUCACCAACACGGGCCCCACCCACAAGAAGCUGGGCCGGUUCGGCCUGCGGGUCUGCCUGGAGUCCGAGUGGAGGGAACACGUGGCGCUGGUGUUCAGCGACCACAAGUACGACGACCGGCCAUGUUACUUCGCCAUCGAGGGUCUGUACGAGGAGCUGAAGGCGUCCAACAUCAGCACCCAUCACAGCGUGUUCGAGGAGAAGGAGGUCAACUACGCGCAGAUCCUCGCCGACAUCCAGAGCAGCGGCCGCGUGAUGUUCGUCUGCUGCUCUGCUGACGUCUUCAGGAAGCUGCUGGUCCACUUCUGGCGGGCCGACCUUCCUCACAGCGAGUACGUCUUCCUCUUCAUCGACCUGUUCGCCGACAGCCUGGGCCCCGGAGGCCGGUCGCCGUGGAAACGAGGCGACGAAGACGAUGCCGCCGCCAUGGAGGCCUUCCAGGUUGUGAAGUUUCUGACCUAUCAGGAGCCUCAGAGCUCUGCCUACCAGCGGUUUGUCUCCAACCUCAAGAUGGACGCCAGGAACUGGUUUAACUACAGCAUGGACGACUCUCUGAUGAACAUCAUCGCCGCAGGGUUUUAUGACGGCCUCAUGAUUUACGCCCGCGCUCUGAAUGAAACUAUGGCGGCUUCUGGAGCCAGACCACCGGGGAGAAACAUCACCGCCAAGAUGUGGAACCGAACCUUUACUGGUGUGGCAGGUCCGGUCCAGUUGGAUGUGAACGGGGACCGGGAGAUGGACUACGCUCUGUGGGACUGGGACUCCAACCGCAGUGCCUACCGGGUGGUUCUGACCUACAGCAGCUCUGAGCAGGACCUGACCAAGGUACCCAGGUCGGCCCGGUUCUGGCUGGGCGGAACCAGGCCUCUGGAUGUUCCCUUCUGUGGCCUGAAGAACGACAACCCAAAGUGCCUCACAAGAACCAUCACCGUCCACCAGAUGGCGUCCAUCCUGGUCUGCUUCCUCAUCACCAUGACGACCGCUGUCGCCAUCUUCAUCUACAGGAGGCUGAGGCUGGAGCGGGAGCUGGUGGCUCAGCUGUGGCGAAUCUCAUGGGACGAUCUGCACAUGAGCAGCAUGGAGAAGGUUCUGCGGAGCGGCAGCCGGGUCACCCUGUCACUGGUGAGCUCUGGAACCGCCGCCGGUCAGCAGAACAGGAAGUUCCCUGUCAUUCCACUUCCUGCUAACGAGAAGCUCUUUGCUCCGCAGAGAGGUUCCAACUACGGAUCCUUGAUGACCGGAGACGGAAACCUGCAGGUGUUCGCCAAGACCGGCUACUGCAAGGGGAACAUUGUGGCCAUCAAAUACUCCAACAGGAAGCGGAUUGAGCUGAACAGGAAAGUUCUGUUUGAACUCAAACAUAUGAGAGACGUCCAGAACGAACACCUGACACGGUUCAUCGGGGCGUGCAUCGACCCGCCGAACAUCUGCAUCGUCACAGAGUACUGUCCCCGAGGCAGCCUGCAGGACAUCCUGGAGAAUGACAGCAUCACCCUGGACUGGAUGUUCAAGUAUUCGCUCAUCAACGACAUUGUGAAGGGAAUGGUCUUCCUUCACAACAGCGUCAUCGUCUCUCACGGUAAACUCAAAUCGUCUAACUGCGUYGUGGACAAGCGCUUUGUCCUCAAAAUCACCGAUUACGGUCUGACCAGCUUCCGAUGUGACCCGGACUGCGGCGGCGACACUCACGCCUACUACGCCCAGAAGUUGUGGGUGGCUCCAGAGCUGCUCCGGAUGGAAUCUCCGCCUCCUCAGGGGACGCAGAAAGGGGACGUGUACAGCUUUGGGAUCAUCCUGCAGGAGGUGGUGCUGCGCCGAGGAGCCUUCUACCUGGAGGGGGCGCUGCUGAGUCCCAAAGAGAUCGUGGACCGGGUGAUUUUGGGUGAGUGGCCCUGCCUGCGGCCCACCAUCGACCCGGAGGACCACCCAGAGAGUCCGAGUCCCAACGAGUCCAAACCCGAGCUGGGCCAGCUGAUGCAGCGCUGCUGGGCCGAGGAGCCGACUGAGAGACCCGACUUCAACCACAUCCGCCUGCUGCUGCUCAAGCACGGCACAGAGUCCAGGAACAACAUCCUGGACAACCUGCUGUCCCGCAUGGAGCAAUACGCCAACAACCUGGAGGAGCUGGUGGAGGAGCGCACCCAGGCCUACCAUGAGGAGAAACGCAAGGCUGAGGCCCUUCUCUACCAGAUACUGCCACACUCGGUGGCAGAGCAGCUGAAGCGCGGAGAGACAGUUCAAGCUGAAGCCUUCGACUCGGUCACAAUCUACUUCAGUGACAUCGUUGGUUUCACCGCCCUGUCUGCAGAAAGCUCCCCCAUGGAGGUCGUGACUCUCCUCAACGACCUGUACACCUGCUUUGAUGCCAUCAUUGACAACUUUGAUGUUUAUAAGGUGGAGACCAUCGGUGACGCCUACAUGGUGGUCUCCGGGCUGCCGGUGAGAAACGGGAAGCGGCACGGCAGGGAGAUCGCCCGCAUGGCGCUGGCCCUGCUGGCCGCUGUCCGAACCUUCAGGAUCCGCCACCGGCCGGAGCGGCAGCUGAAGCUGAGGAUCGGGAUUCACAGCGGUCCGGUGUGUGCCGGAGUGGUGGGUCUGAAGAUGCCACGCUACUGCCUGUUCGGGGACACCGUCAACACGUCUUCACGGAUGGAAUMCACCGGGGAAGCGCUGAAGAUUCACGUGUCGGCGGCGACCCGCGACGUCCUGAUGGAGUUCAACUGCUUCCAGCUGGAAAGCCGGGGGUCCGUGGACGUCAAGGGGAAGGGAGCCAUGAGCACCUAUUGGCUGCUGGGGGAGAGCGGCAGCCAAUGAGGACGCAGCGCUGACGGAGGGGGCGGAGGAUGCAGGCGGUUUGGUUGUUUCCUGCCGAUGGAGGAUCGUUCUGGUUCCGGUCAGAUCCAGAACUUCUGGAGGAGAACCGGAGUCGGAUGGAUGGAGCAGAAACACCGAAGGAGGAAAACGGACCGGGACCUUUCUGCAGAGCCCGAUCAGUACCUGCUUUCUCGCUCCAGCAGCAGUUGGUCUUCAUCAGAACCGACUGCUGGUUCUGAUGACCCGGUGCUCUCUGCCGCCGCCUGGUGGCCGCACGACAGAAAUGGCCUGGUGACAGGCAGCCACAGGGGGCAGCAGAGAGCUGGAUGGACCGGUUCUGUUCAGGCCUUUAGAACCCAUCUGUCUCCAUGUAGAACCAUCUACAGAACCAGAACCUGCUUUGCAGUUAUUGGUUGCAUUUCAGACAGGUUCUGAUCCAGCAGGUCCAAAAGGUUCCUGCUGCGGUUCUGCCUGUUUCAGGAAGUUUAGAUUGUGAAAAAAA